CUCCGUCAACUCUACUAGUACUAGUAGCUUAGCAGUAGCAGAUGAUCUUCUGGUCGCCGCCGCAGUCGCAUCUGCCCGCCUUCCCGGAACCUUCACUUCUUCCCCGCCGUCCUGCUCCCUCAAAUUUUUGGCUUUGAUUUCUUACCCACCCCAUCCCCUCCCGUUCCUUCCAUGUCUCACCCCCAGAAAACAUCACCAGUAAAGUGAUCACUCACACGCCACGCCAAAGAUUCAAUCUUUACCGUCGGCAAGCCAUGGCCGCCACGCCGGAGGACUUCCUGGACCAUAUGGCCCCUCUCGCCGUCCCCGAGCCCUUCUCCCCCUCCGUCUUCCUCGACCUCCCACCGACGCCGCGCCCCGACGGCGAGGAUCCGGCCUCCUCCGACGACCUCGUCCUCCCCUUCAUCUCGCGCAUGCUCAUGGAGGAGGACAUCGACGACAAGUUCUUCUACCAGUACCCCGACCACUCCGCGCUUCUGACCGCCCAGCAGCCAUACACCCAGAUCCUAUCCGACGCCGCCACCGCCUCGUCCUCCUACGACUCAGCCACCACCAACACCGGCGGGAGCGGCAACUCCACCCUUUCGCCGUCCUUCGACACCCCUGCAUCCGCCUCCGCCACCGCCACCACCACCGCCACCUGGCCCUACGAUCCAAUCGAGCUCUCCCAGCUGCUCCGCUCCCCGCCGUACUCCGACAUGGGAGUGGGACUUGACGAUUUCAUCGCCGACGAUGUCAGUGCCUUCUUGUUGCCGGAACAAGACGGCGUCAGCGCGGGAUCCCAGCAGACUCCGCUGCCCUUCAAGAGCGCCGGCGCGGACCAGGCCAACGCGUUCUUGAAUGGCGGCGGUGGGCGAGGCCAACGGCAACGCGCUUCCUUCGCCGUCCAGAACGACGGCGGCGCGGCCAUCAAGAAUUCGGGCUUCUUGUAUGGCGCGGAGGAGGAGGAGGAGGAGUCAAAGACAAAGACAAAGACCACAACCUUGCCCGCUGCCGACGGGGACCACGCCGCACUGGCAUCGGCUUUCUUCAGUGGCCAAAACGCGGGAAACAUGGACAUGCUCAACAUGGCAUUCCUCAAGGGCAUGGAGGAGGCCAAGAAGUUCUUGCCCACCACCAACAGCCUCUUCAUCGACCUUGAGGACACCUCCGUGGAGUCCUUGUCCAGAGACAAGAAACCGCCGAGUGGCUUCGCUGCCGGCCAAGUGAAGAAGGAGGAGGAGGUGGUGGAUGAUGGAAUUCUAAUGUUUGGAGGAAGCAGUAAUGGCAGGGGCCGCAAGAACCGGCGCCACGAAGAGGACUUGGAGGCGGAGACAGGCAGAAACAGCAAGCUGAUGAUGCCGGAACAGGAGGAAAAUGGUGCCCGGGAGAUGUACCAGGAAAUAAUGUCCUGCGAUUACGAGGAGUUCAUCAAGCGCAUGCAGGACCUGCGCAUGGCCAUGGAUAGUGAGUCCGAGAAGAGCAGCAGGAGGGGUGGCGGGAAGGCAGCACGGCGAAGGCAUGAGGUUGUUGACCUGCGCACCAUGCUCGUCCAUUGCGCACAGGCAGUGGCCACGGGUGACGGCCGAAGUGCGAACGAGCUGCUAAAGCAGAUCAAGCAGCACUCCUCGCUGAGAGGAGACGCUACGCAGAGGCUGGCACAUUGUUUCGCCGAGGGACUGGAGGCGCGACUUGCAGGCACAGGGAGCCAGGUGUACCAGUCGCUCAUGGCAAAACGCACCUCGGUUGUGGACUUCCUCAAGGCGCACAAGCUGUUCAUGGCAGCCAGCUGCUUCAACAAGGUGAAAUUCACCUUCUCCAACAUGACAAUCCUCAAUGCUAUGGCAGGGAGGAGCAAGUUGCACGUCGUGGACUAUGGUGUGCAGCAUGGAUUCCAGUGGCCAGGUUUGCUCCAUUUCUUGGCAAAGAGGGAAGGCGGACCGCCAUCGGUGAGGUUCACCGGCAUUGACCAACCGCAGCCCGGGUUCCGGCCAGCCUACCAGAUCGAGAAAACAGGUGACCGCCUCAGCAACUGUGCUCGCCAGUUUGGUGUUCCAUUCAAGUUCCGCGGCAUCGCAGCAAAGUGGGAGACGGUCUGUGCUGAGGACCUCGACAUCGAUCCGGAUGAGGUGCUUGUUGUCAACUGCGAGUGCUUCUUCGACAAACUGAUGGACGAGAGCGUUCUGGUGGACAGCCCAAGCCCCAGAGACAUGGUCCUCAACAACAUCCGGGAGAUGCGCCCCAACGUAUUCAUCCAUUGUGUGGUGAAUGGCACAUAUGGCGCGCCCUUCUUUUUGACACGGUUCCGGGAGGCGCUCUUCUUUUACUCGGCUCAUUUUGACAUGCUUGAUGCGACCAUCCCCCGGGACAACGACGAACGGCUGCUCAUCGAGCGGGAUAUCUUAGGCCGCUCUGCCCUGAAUGUUAUCGCCUGUGAGGGUGCAGACCGGGUGGAACGCCCUGAGACUUACAAGCAAUGGCAGGUGCGGAACCACCGGGCCGGACUCCGGCAGCUGCCAUUGAGUCCAGACGUCGUCAUGCUUGUGAGGGACAAGGUCAAGACGCACUACCACAAGGACUUCCUCGUCGAUGAGGAUCACCGUUGGUUGCUGCAGGGAUGGAAGGGGCGGGUGCUCUAUGCCAUGUCCACAUGGGUUGCUGAGGACAAUAACCCCAGCUUUUAGCUGCUUCCUUUGCCUAAUCUCGGGAUCCGGCUAUAGUGAAAAUAUUGGAAUUUGAUAGACGGUCUAUGUUUAAAUUUUGCCACAGAAACUAUGUGCCAGCAGCUCUGGUUCACUGGACUUCCCUUUCUAGAGGGUUCGAGUGCUUAAACUUGUAAUGUAGAAAUAAGCAGAUGCUUAGAGCUACAUAGGCUUCAGAUAUAGUUAUGGACAUGUUGCAGAGCUGUGAUAUGUACAACAAAACUAUGAACCCUGCUGCUGACAAUCAAUUUUGUGGUUCAGAUGCUUGA